GGCAAGCAGCUCCUCGGCGCCUGGGGUGCCAAGCUAAGGGCUACCAUCCAGGACUUGGAUUUCCAGGACGGCAACGCGAGCAAGACUUCUCUCCAGGGGAUGGCCGUCUUGGCAGCCAGUACGGGGACCUUCGAGGACGGGGCCUUCGAGGCGCUCGACACUGAGGUCUCUCGUCGCCAAAAGCUGGACGCAGUGGAUCAAAUGGCCAGGUGGGAGGCCUGGGCCAAGAAGGCUGUAGCUGGAGGGGGCAAGGCCGCCCACGCAUUUUCGAAGAAGCAGGUGUCGUGUCAUUCUGGGCGUGCGGCGACGGCGAAGAUCUUCCAGCGGCUGGACAG